GGCCGUCGAGAUGGCAAAGCAAUUCCCGUGGGCCGAGGUCGUAGGGGUAGAUCUGGCUCCUUGUCCCAUCGCAACAGAAAGCCUCCCUCCAAAUUGCCGCUUCGAAGUUGAUGAUAUCAAUCUUGGCUUGACCCAUUUCGAGAACCAAUUUGACGUGGUGCACCUCCGGUUUGUAGCCGGGGGCAUGAAGAACUUUGCCCAGCGAAUGAAGGACGUACACUCGUGUCUCAAACCUGGUGGUAUUGUUCUGUGGAUUGAGAUGGACUAUUCUCUUUAUUUCACAGAAGAGUUUAAAUAUCUUCCUUUUGCUACGGAUACCAAUCCAGAUGAUUCGUGGCAACAACGCAUCGUGACAGAAUUGAGACGAGCUUUUAAAAGAAUUGGAAGCGAUAUUGAGGGGAUGGAUGCCGGUCUUGAUGCUGGCCUCUGGUCGGACCCGUUGUUUGACCCAGAAACAUUUCCACAGGACCUUGGGCCACUAGUAAGUGGUAGACAAGACCGGAAGACAUUCUCUUAUCAAUUUCUUCAUUUAGGCCAAGAUCCUAAUCUGGCUCAACUGCUGCUGUUUGUUGGUAGCCUUAUGAGACAGGAUGCACUGGGUGGAAUGGAGGCGGUCAAACCUCUUCUUACGCGGAUAGGGUGGCCAGCAGAGACCGUAAACAAGUGGCAAAAAUCUGUGGCAAAGGAUGCCGCAGAAAUGAAAAACAAACCCUCGAUGAGAGUAAGACUGGCUUGGGGGAGACGAAGAGCAGCCGAAGGAGAGCCAGCGCCACCUUUGCCAUCCCUUCCUGCUGCUAGCACAGACCCUUCAGACGAAGAAGCCCUUGCGGCUGCAUUACGACCUUCCUACCCUUAUUUCUUUGUUUAUGACUCGCAAGAGGUUUCGCUGGAGCAGGCCGCCCUGCGGAACCAAGACAAGACUGUAGAAUUACCACCUCUUCCUACUUGA